AUGCCACCGAAAAGAAAGCGCACAAAACCAGCAGAUGAUGAAGAAGAAUUGGAUGGGAAGACGUGUUUCGAAAAGAUUCGGGGAUUUCAGACGAUUGCGGAAUUUUUGGAGGAAAUUCCGGAAGAGGAUUAUUCGAGAUACGUGACCAGUGAGGAUUUUGAGGAUUUGAUUCUGACAAGAGAUUUACAUUAGAGUGAUAACGGGUUUUGAAAUAAGGUAGGUGCAGUCUUACAAGGGAAGUGCAUGAGGUCAAGUUCUGAAAUUUUGAUGAAACAUAUCGAAAUAUACCAAAUCGACCAUGCUGAUCACGAAUCCGAAGUCAAAAAUUGCCACAAAUGCCUGUGAGCACUUUUCUGGAGCUCCAAAGUUUGAAUUGAGUUUUGGUUUUUGUCCAUUUUCAACAUGUUCCUGGGUGAAAAAUCAACUUUUAUAACUUGGAUAAGAUUGUUGACCACAUUCGAAAACCUAUAAGGAUUUUAGUUUUUGAAAAAAUAUCAAAAACCAGCUGAAAACUGCGAUUUUCAAAAAUGCACAAAAAACUUUAAAAAACGUGUGUAUUUACGUGUUUUUGUGUGUAUUUUCAGGACUUUUUGAAAAUCGCAGUUCUCAGCUGGUUUUUGAUAUUUUUUCAAAAACUAAAAUCCUUAUAGGUUUUCGAAUGUGGUGAACAAUCUUAUUCUAAAAGUUGAUUUUUCACCCAGGAACAUGGUGAAAAUGGACAAAAACCAAAACUCAAUUCAAACUUUGGAGCUCCAGAAAAAUGCUCACAGGCAUUUGUGGCAAUUUUUGACUUCGGAUUCGUGAUCAGCAUGGUCGAUUUGGUAUAUUUCGAUAUGUUUCAUCAAAAUUUCAGAACUUGACCUCAUGCACUUCCCUUGUUAGGUAACUCGACGCGCUGAUCACGAUGCCGCAAAAAUUAGCUGCUGAGCUCCAGUCUGAGCCGCGGGAAUGAGUUCCAAAGUUUGCUCAGAAAAUUCCAAUUUUCAUCUAAAAUUUUCAUUCGUUUCGACCCAAAUAACCCUAUGGUACUUCUCAUCUGCUCAUAACUCAUUUAUUUUGGAUGAAAAUUGGAAUUUUCUGAGCAAACUUUGGAACUCAUUCGCGCGGCUAAGACUGGAGCUCAGCAGCUAAUUUUUGCGGUAUCGUGAUCAGCACGUCGAGUUACCUAAAACUGCACUUACCUUAUUUCAAAACCCGUUAUUACACUAAUGUAAGUCCCUUGUGAAUUUGGAAAACUAAAAAAAAAUUUUGGGGAAUUUUAUUAUCAUUAAAUCUACACGAUUUCGGAAAAUUCAGGAAUUCAAGUCCAUUCUGUUUUUUUCUUUCAGAAAAAAAAUGCGAGCUAUCAAAUUCUCUCAAACUCCUCAUUUUCGAAAAUUUUACCGAAAAUCAGCAAAUUUUCGGAAAAGUUUAUGGAUUUUUCACAGUCAUAUAUUUUCUUUUCUCUUUUGAAUCGCCCAAAAAACAAUAGCAAUUUCCAAAAUUUGAAAUUAAAAAUCCCCCUUGAACGUGUACGUUUCAAGUUUUUUUGAUAAGUUUUUUUCGGAUUGUCCAAAUUUGUGAUCCUCUCAUUGAUAUUCAUGAAAUUUAAAGAAAUUGAAAAAUUGCGAUUUUAGAAGGUUAUAACUAGUUUUCAAAAAUGGAACGGGGAACUCAAGAUUUUUUUUCAAUUCCCCGAAAAUUUUUCUAAAAUCCCAAAAUUCAGCAUUUAUCUUGAAAAUUUCCGUAAAAGUUCCUUUUGAUGGAUUUUUAGCACCUAAACUGCAUUUUUCAUUUUUUUUAAUUUCAGAAGCCAUCAAAUCUCAAAGAUCGAAUAAAAUCAAAUGUAUCGAAUGCGAUAAAACAUUUGCAUCAUCUUCUGGAUUCCUUCAACAUAUUCGAAAAUGUCAAGAAUUGAAAGUAGAGGAAAAUCAAGAGGAAGAAGAAGAAGAAAAAGAUGAAUGGGAUGGUUCAACUUAUGUACAAUUCAAACUUGUUCCAACAAUUUGGCUAAAAGUUGAUGAGCAACGAAAAAAAGAUGUUAUAAAUAUGAUUUCCAAAGGGAAUUAUCGAUGUUUUGGAGAUAAUUGUUCACAAGUUUUUCGAAAUGCUGAUUUAUUAAUCAAACAUUUGAAUUCAUGUGUUCAACCAAGUUAUGCAAGUUUUAUGGAUAAUUUGGAGGGAAUUCGAAAUUUGGAUGCAAAAAUGAGGUCGAAAAUUGUGAGAGAAGCACUGCAAACAAGUGCAGAUGGACGAAUCAAAUGUGUUGGAUGUGAUAAAACAUUUAAAAAUAUUGGUGGACUUACUUAUCAUUUGGAUCGAUGUAAUUUGGAUGAAAUGUGGAUUUGUGAAAAAUGUCAUUAUAAAGGAAAAUUGUUCCAGAAAAAUGAUCAUGCUGAGAAAUGUCAACUAAAUGUUAUACUGUAGGUUUACAAGAGAACUUUCACUCUAGGAUUUUUAAAAUAGAAUAUAUUUCCGACUUUUUGGGAAAAUUUCGGGAAAAAUACGAGUUGCAACCUUUUCCGACGGAUAUUUUCGGAAAAUAAUUUUUUCCCAAACUUUUCCGGGGCCAAUAAUUUUCCGAAAAUGUGAAAAAAUAACAUUUUUUGCUAAUUUCAUCACAAAAUUAUUUUGGUAUUUCUGAAAAACAUGGAAAGUUGUUAGUAAAAUUUAACAAAAAUGGCUAAAUAUCACGAAAACUGCAAAGUUUGUUGAAACUACUCCAAAAAUUUUCAAAAACCCCCGAAAUUUUCCGAUUUCCCGAAAAAUCAAGUCGAAAAUACCAAUCGGAAAACUUUUUUCCGAAAAUAAAACUUGGAAAAAUAACUUCGGAAAAUUUGUUCCGACCUGAUGGAUUCAGAAAAACGUGGUUUUCCGAAAUGUUCCCCCCGCUGAUCAUGAAUCUGAUGUCUGAAAUUGCAGAACUCGAAUUCUGGUGUGAGAAUUCUGGUGUGACGUGGCAAAUUUCGAAAAUCGGGAUUUUAGAAGCUGCAUAGCAUUGCUCAGAAGAGUCGAAUCAUUCUGAAAACUUGUUAAAUAUAACUAACCCUUCUAAAAUCGCAAUUCUUUCUUUUUUCACCACGAUUUAUUUUUUAUUAUAAUUUUUGAUGGGAAAAAUGGUCUCAAGUUUUCUCAUCUACAUUUGAACAAGAAAUCGAUUUUUAAGAGAAAUUCGAAUUUCUUUCCAAGAUACGAAUAAUCAUAUUCGUUGGAAUCAAAAUUCGGAAAAUCCAAAAAAAUUUAUCAAAAAUGUGAAACGUACAAUUUCUGGGAGCGAAAUUUUGAAUUUCUGACUUCUCUGGAUUUUUCAAAUUUUGGAAGCAGUUAAAUUCAAAGCAUAACGCUAUCUUAUCAGAUUUGCGAGAAAUUAAUGUUUUGAGCUAGUUUUCAGCUCCUAAAAUCAUUAUCAAACUGCCACGUCAUAAUUCUUGAGUUCUGCAAUAUUGACAGCGGAAUAGUGAUAAGCGGGAACAAGUUACGAGGAAACAAUUUCUAUACGAAAUCUUUUUCCUAAAUUUAUUGAUUUUUUUCAGUCCGGAAGAGACGAAAGCUGGAAGAAGAUCCAGAAAUAUGAUAAUGAAAAUUGAUCCGGAUUUUGUGAUGACAAGUGGAGCAUCGGAAGAAUCUGAGAUGGAAGAAGAAGUUGGAGAUGCACAUGGUUCGGAAGACGAGGAUGAAAAUGAGGGGACGAAUAGGAAACAAGCAGUUAGAGGAGGAAAUAAGAGAAGAGUUAUUAGAGAUGGAGAUAAAGAGGAUCAGGGAUGUGUGAAGUAUCGAUUCAGGAAGUCGGAAAUUUUUAAAGGUGAGGGAUAAGCUUUGAUGUGACACACAUGAGUUUGUGGUUUCCGAAAAUUGAGAAUAGCUUUGAAAGUUCGCGCCCUGAUACAUUUUCACUCUGACAAAGAGCCGCGCCUUGAAAACACCUAAAUCAAGCAGCCAAGCCUUGAAAGCCUUGUUCUCAAGUAGCCGCGCCUUAAGAACCUAAUUGCCUAGGAUCCAGAUCUACAUUUUCACUCUGACAAGGAGUCUAGCGACCACAUAUGGAUCAGCAAUAUAACAAGGAGCCGCGCCUUUAGAAUAUCUGAGCUCUAAAAAAUACAAUUUGGAUUUUUUUCUCGAAAUUUUACAACCCCUUAAUUCUCACAAAUUUCCUUUAAAAAUUUUAUUUUUUCAGCAAAUAAUUCGGGUGCAUAUGCUAGAAUUCAAAUGAACUACGAAAGUAGUUGUAGAAAAAAAUUCGAGGAAUAUCAAAAUCGUAUAAUCGAACCAUGCCCAAGAAUUCAACAAAUCGAGAUUCCAAAUUGGACAACAAUCGAAAAAGAUGAGACAUAUCCACUUCAUCAAAAUUUGGAUCGAAAAUCGGUGACAAUAAAAAAGUGGAUAUACAAUUGGAACACAAACUGAAAUCCCCGAAAAUGGAAUUCGAAUUGAUUGUUUGAAAAGUGUUGAAUUUGAAGUGCCAAAAAGGAAUGAGAAGAUUAUUGUUGGUUAUUGUGGAGUUCCGAUUAAUUCGAUCAAAAUCGCACCAAAUCAAUUGGAAUCUGAAGAAGAUUUGAUAUGUGUUUGCACUUUUCCAAAUGAAAUGGAUUUUGAAGGAGACUCGAGUCUUGUUCAAUUUUGGAAAUAUUCCCAAAAUUCUCAAUUAUCCCCAUAUUUUCUUCUAAGUUUGCCUAAAAGAGGUGUUGUUCUUUCAAUGGAAUGGCUUCUUUCACGAAAUGACUCGAAUUAUGCUGCAUUUUCAAUGUCCAAUGGUGAAAUUCUGAUCUAUAAUAUCAAUGUAGAUGCGGUCAUAGAUGAUUCUGAUCCAGUUCCAAUCCUCGAAUCUGAAGCUGGAUUAAUCCUUCAACAACCAGAUUCGCAAAAGGUUCGAGAUGUGAUGCCCCCAAUUACUAGAAUCUCUUGGCUAUGGCAAAAUGGUGGAGAAAUUUUGGCGGCGAUCAAUGCGGCUGGAAAUUUGAUUAUUUGGAAUCUUGAGGAGGAUUUGAAAAAUCCGAAAGUUUUUCGAGAUCCAACUUGGGCUUCGCCAGCGACUGACGUGGCAUUUUUGAAUGAGAAUCUUCGUGGGUUUUUUUUUAUUGGAAAAAAAUUGAAUAAAUGUGAAGAACGUGGGAUUUUUCCUCAAAAAUAUCUUUAAAAUUCAAAAUAAAAUCUAAUUUUACGUCAAAAAUUUCGAAAAUUUCACACUAAUAUGAUCAAUGCUUCAAAUUUUUUUUUAUUUAAAUUCGAUUUUUAGCUCACAAAUUAUGACUAAAAUGAGCAAUGCUUGAAAAUUACCAGAAAACUUAGAAUUUGUGGAUUUGCAUGAUUUUUGAAGAUAACAUGAGUAAUGCUCCAAAAUUUUUUAUUAAAAAUCGAUUUUUAGGCCAAAAAUUUCACACUAACAUGAGCAAUUCUAUCAUUAAAUCUCAUUUUCGAGAGUCUAAUAUGAGCAAUGCUUAAAAUUUACCAAAAAAUGAGAAUUUGAACUUGGAAUUUGUGGAUUUUCAUGAUUUUUGAAGCUAACAUGAGCAAUGCUUCGAAAUUUUUAUUAAAAAUAGUUUUAGGUCACAAAUUAUGACUAAAAUGAGCAAUGCAAUGCAAUUUCGAAUGUCUAAUAUGAGCAAUGCUCAAAAUUUACCAAAAAAUGUGUUUUUUCCUAUUUUAAUUGUUUAACCUGAGCAAUAUUCCUAAAGUUUUCAGAAAGUCAAAAAAAAAAUUUAGCUUUUCCGGGGAUUUGAAUCACCCCAAAAAAUAAAUUAUUUCGGCCCGAACCACAAAAAAAACAUAAUUUCUAAGUAAAGAAAUGGUUUUUGGUAAAUUUUGAUCAUUGCUCAUAUUAGACUCGAAAUUGCAUUUGAAGUAUUACUCAUGUUAGCUUCAAAAAUCAUGAAAAUCCAAAAAUUCCAAGUUCAACUUCUCGUUUUCUGGUAAUUCUUGAGCAUUGCUCAUAUGAGGCUCUCGAAAUUGCAUUUUAAUGAUAGCAUUGCUCAGUUUAGUCACUAUUUUUUUUCAACGUUUUUCGACACCAAAAUCUUUCAAAAAAUUAGUUUUUCAAAAUUUCCUAACCCCAUUUUUUCAGUUGUUGUUGGAUUCCGCGAGCGAUUGAUUCGAGUUUUCAAACUCGAUAACAUGAGCCAAGCAUAUUUACACGAUAAUUCUGCAAAAAUGGCCGGGCAAAAAGUUUUGGCGGAUGCUCGAGUUUUCGAUAGCUUCUUCUCGUACCAAGCUGAAUAUAACAGCACUGAAAAAAGUUAUGGAACUGGCAUCGGAUAUUUCUCGAUUGAUCAUGGAGCGAAUCCUUCGUUUACAGUUGUUCCGCUAUUUAAUUUGUAAGAUUUUUAUGAAAAUUUUAAAGAAAUUUUUUAAUUUAAAAAAUAUUUAGACAUCAAUUAAUGACAAGUCAAGUUGCCAUUCAACCAACACGUGGAAUCGUUGUUUCUUGUGGAAUUGAUGGAAGAUUGUGUGCAUCAGCGAAUGGUAAAAUCACAAAUGCGAAUCAAAGUUUGACACCGUAUUCUGCAUCGAGAGAUUUGUUAUUGUUAACAAGAAGAAAAGUUGAGAAAGAAAAAGAAGAAACGGAUGAGAAAAAAGUUGAACCGACUUGUUUUGAACAUGAAAAUGUUUGUGAAAAUAUGUGGAUUGAAAUGGAAUUUGAUCAAGUUGGUUUUUACUCUAAAUAUAUUUUUUCUAGUCGAUUUGCUGAUCACGAUUCUGUUGUCUGAAAUUGCAAAACUCAAUUCCUAACAUGAGUUAUGAUAUUUUGAGCUCCUGGAGCCAAAUUUCAUGAAUUUUGAAAAGUUGUACCGUAUUUUAGGUCAAAAAUUGAGAUUUUUCGUCAAUUUCAGCUCUAGAGCCCAAAUUUCAUCGAUUUUCUCCCAGAAAAUCGCAUUUUUCAUGAAUUUUGGGAAAUAUGUAGUUAAGAGGUGCAAAAACUGAGAAUAUGGAUUUUUACAUUGAGAAAAGGCGCCACGAUUGUGGACGUAGCAAAGUUUGUAAAUUUCGAAAAAUGGGGAUUUGAGAGGCUGAAAAUUAGCUUCAUUUUUUGAAAUCCCGAUUUUUCAAAAAUUUCGAACUUUGCCACGUGGCUCCUAAAAAUCAUUUUAUGAAAUUUACCUCGAAAUCCCAAAAUUCAUUUGAAAAAAUGCAAUUUUCUGGGUGAAAAUUGAUGAAAUUCGGGCUCUAGAGCUGAAGUUGACAAAAAAUCUCAAUUUUUGACCUAAAAUACGUUAAAACUAUUCAAAAUUCAUGAAUUUUGGCUUCAGGAAGCUCAAAAGAUCAUAACUCAUGUUAGGAAUUGAGUUUUGCAACUUCAGACAACGGUAUCGUGAUCAAAAUCUAGAAUGAACAGUUUCCUCGUGAAAAAUUACAGUUUUUCCAAAAAAUAACUAUUUUUCAGAAAGAACUUCAUAAAGCGCCACAAUUAUCGUGUCGAGAUCAAAGAAUUGAAAGUUUGAAUGUUGUCGAGACAAACAAUGAUUUUGAAAGGUAACAUUUCCCCUACUUACAUUCUAGAAUAUUCUCAAAAAAUACUAUUUUCAGACCAACAGUUUUCUGUGGCGGUGAAGCUGGUUUGUUAUUUGUUGUACCGUGCUCCCUCAAAAUCAAAUGA